AAUCAACUACAAAUCUUAAUCAGUUGACAUCAAAAUACAUCACAUCAUGCCAUCAAAGGAUCCAUUAGACGAUUAUCCACCUACUUCGACAACAGCAGGAGCUCCUCCACCAGCUUAUAACUCACCCUUGUUUGAAGAAGAAGAAGGAACAAGCAAUCAACCAAGAACUUUUGGUGAUAAUAUCCCUGAUGAUUUUAAAUAUUCUGUCAACGUUGCAAGUUGUGAAUUACCCAUACGUCAAAUGUUCAUUAGAAAAGUCUACGCAUUAUUAACAGCUCAAAUAACACUUAGUUUAAUUGUUGGUACAAUCAUUCAUUAUUCAUCAGAUGGAUUUAAAGAAUUUAUGUUCAAUCAUUUGUGGAUCUUUUAUGUUAAUUUAUUUGCUACAUUUGGUUUCCUUGGUGUCUGUUUCUUUAAGGCAAGAUCAUAUCCUAUUAAUUUGGUAUUGUUGGGAUUAUUCACUGUUUCUGAAGCUUUCUCCGUUGGUAUUGCAACUUUAUUCAUUGAUAGUAGUGUGUUAUUAAACGCUAUUUUAUUAACACUUGUUAUUUUUAUUGGGUUGACAAUUUUCACAUUCCAAACCAAAUAUGAUUUCACAAGUUGGGAAAGUUACGCUGGAAUGUUUAUCUGGAUAUUAAUUAGUUGGAGUUUCCUAUUAAUGUUCUUUCCUGGAUUUAAUACAAGCUUCACUGAGAACAUUUACGGCUUAUUUGGUGCUAUAUUAUUUUCGGUUUAUAUCAUAAUUGAUACCCAAAAGAUUAUGACUGUUAAUCAUUUAGAUGAUGAGGUUAUGAGUUGUAUUCAAUUAUAUUUAGAUAUCAUCAAUCUUUUCCUUUUUAUUGUAAGAUUAUUGAAUAAUAAUCGUAAUGAUUAGUUGGUGAUUUUUUGAUUUGUUAUUUUUAUAUAUAAUAGUUAUAAAUAAAUAUAUAUAUAUUAGUUAGUUUAUUAGCAAAUUUAUU